GCGAAUAAGUGAUAGAAUGUCGGGGGACAGAGAGGGAACACCGCAGAGAGAAUGGAAGGGGGAAUCGAAUUAUUUUCUCUGUCGCUCCUCCCUUUUGUCGUUACAAGUCCCGCCUAUCGAUCCGCGGAGGGAGUGGCCUAUCCCCCCCUGUCCCCCGUCUGCCGCUCAGUCCGGUCUCAGUCGCACCUUGGUAGCCGGGUCCGAAGAACCUCCCGAGAACGUUCUCGCGCCCGCGAAGUGCUGUGAUAGUGAGAUCAAAGUGCUCCUUAUUUUGACAUUUCCAAACAGAAUAGGGUUCCAAAAAGACAUUCAUUGCGGUUCAAAAUGUCUGUGUUAAUUGUGACGUCGUAUACGAAUGAACUUUAUUUGAGAAACAAUCAAUAAACUUGUGUUACAAUAUAAAUUUACAUUAAGAAUAUAUUUGAAGCGUAUGCGAUUUCACCUACAAGUGAUACACCGAGUAAACAUAUCCGUCAGGAAGAUAGAUGCUGAGCAGGCGGCGGCCAGUCUAGGUAGCGCAUCCCAUGCUGGAGGCACCAGCUAGCAUGACCGUCCUCAAGUUGCAACGACUGCCUUCGCUUCCCCGGCCGAGCAAGAUGGACUCCGAGCAGGAGAGUCCUCGCAAGACAUCGACCCCCAGCCGUCAAUCGGACUCCCCUCGGGGCAACGGAAUCAGCUUCAGCGUGGCGGCUCUACUCGCGGACACGCGGCCUAGGCGGUCGCCCACGCCGGUAGAGAGCGGCCCCUCGCCCGUCCUCGCCUCCUCGGAGGAUCAGGAGGACGAGGAUCUGGACCUGGAGAGUGGAAUGGAGGACGAAGGGAGUAUCGUGGACGUGGAGGUGUGCCGAGAGGGCGAGAGCCCCAGGACACCGCCGACUAGCGUCAGCUCUUUCCUUCAACAGCAUCAAGCACAAGUCGCCCGCCUCAUGCUGCCCGUAGCUCCUGUCAGACCUACCCCCUUCAGUGCCCUCGCCGCUGCUGCCGCUGCCUACUCCGCGGGUCUUCAGCAGCCUCACCCCCAGGGCUGGGGUGUCCACGGCCACUAUCCCGGUCCUCCCGUCUUCCCAUCGUUCGGUGGCGGCCUAUCGGGAUCACCAGAUUCGAACAAUGGUGAGCCGCCCAAGUUGAAAUGCAACCUCAGGAAGCACAAACCCAACCGCAAGCCCAGGACGCCCUUCACCACUCAGCAGUUGCUGAGUCUAGAGAAGAAAUUCCGAGAAAAGCAGUAUCUCAGUAUUGCUGAACGAGCCGAAUUCAGUAACUCCUUACACCUUACGGAGACUCAGGUAAAAAUCUGGUUCCAAAACAGACGAGCGAAAGCAAAGCGGCUGCAAGAGGCAGAACUGGAGAAGCUGAGGAUGGCAGCAGCAGUAGCCGCGAAACCCCACCACCCCUUAUACGGGCCACCACCCCACCUGCAAUACUUCCAGCACCACCCGGCAGAGGCGCUGCUGCACCACCCUAUGGCGUUGCUGAGGCACCCCAUGGCACACCUCAUGGGCCCCAUGCCACCUCACCAUCAGUCGCAGUCGUCCCCAGGACCGGCCGCCGCUGCGGGGGCUGCCACACCGCCUUCCGGCCUCUCGUAACGUGCGCCGCCCCCAGGGCAUCCCAAGACCUCAGUAUAUAUACUUCAGUCAUCCUAACUGUGGGCAUCCCUAAUCCUGCAAAGCACGGAUAGCAGAUCCAGGACACUCCUGGCUGUUUUAACACUCUUUAAACUUGAUGAUGAUGAGUUCGUUUUUAACAGAGUGCAUUUGACUUAAUUGAAGAAUGUGAAAAAAGUGAAAACAUUCAGCUAUAAGUCUAUAAGUUACUGAUAUUAUACUACUGUCACCACGCCACACUCUGACUAACCAAAGAAGACGGCUAGAUUCUGCAAGAACUGUGUCGCGAAUGGAGUCACAUAAACCUCUAGACGUCUUUGCAACUUUGAACAGAUUGUUAGUUUUCUGAAAUAUUUUACUCAGUACAAACAUUAAUCGAAACUUUCUUCUACUGUAUCUGAAGUUUCAAUUUAUUUACUGAAAUAAUUAAAAUUAACCUAUUGUAAAAGUUGAGAUACAUUUGUUCCCAUAUCGAUCUUACGUUGUGAAACCAAAUAUGAACUCUGAUUGACAUUUAAAAGCUACAUUAACCAUUACUUUAUUUUACUAUUGCCCUAAGAAAAAUUUAAAAAAAGUGACAGUGAAAAAUACUAAGUAAAAGUGAGAUUGACAACUCUUAAACCAAAAACGUUUGACUAAACAAGAAACUUAUGUAUGAGUGAGUACAUUAUCUGUGUUAUAUAUCUGUAAAUAGAAAUUCGUUGUAUGCUUUCGUUUUUGUACAUAAUUUUCGAUUAAAUUAAAGUGAUAAGCAGUGUCGUACCUAAGUAUUUUGUUAUGUGUACAAUUAUAUGUUAUUUUACGUUAUUUAGUAGAGACCUUUACGCGUAGUUGGCCUAAGGAUUUAUUUAUCCACUUAUUUUAUUUCAGACUACACAACUUGUCUUCUCCGCCCUAAAUACUGUGAUUUACAGAAACGUUAUUACUCAAUUUAUUUAUUUAUAUUAUUUUAACGGCAAUUAAAUAUAAACUAGGUAAUAAAAGUUUGAGAUGCAUUUAAUUAGUGAUAUUUUUAAAACACGUGAAAUAAUACAAAGCGUUGCAGAUUGAAUCUGCGUCUGUAGGCUGAAGUACGUUGUAAUCACUGGCAAUAGGUAUUGCAGUCACUAUGUUGCAGCACCGUAUUACAGUCCUACAUUGUAAUUACUAUCACGAUCCAUUGUGUCGAUCGUUUACAACAUUCAUUACCGUUGUAAAAAUGCAAUGUUUUAUAAUGCGUAAAGAGCAAUGACAAAGUCUUUGUGUCGGGGCAUGGGCGUUUAUAGCAACUCGACUCCAUGUCGUGCCGCUCGCUGUAGAACUACACAGUAGUGUUUGUACGAGCGGCAGAUAAUGGCUCCAAUUUAACCGGAAUUGCUUCGUUUACAACUUUCAAUCUUUGAAAACAUCAAACGUGAAUGUUCGAAAUCGAUUAUAUCCGAUACCGAAGUUAUAAACCGAUAACACUGCAGUAGAAGCUUGUUCGGAAGAACAAUACAUUUUGUAUCUAUAGGCGCUUAUCCAAUUUUGUUCCUCAUAUAACAUUUUUGGGAAAUUAAAUUUAACAAUUAAGCACAGGUUAUAAUUCAAAAUUGAGUACCUUAAAGAGUACUUGUUUUGCUUCGGGAAGUAAAUUGUGAACGAACCAGGAAUUCUGGAUUAAAAUUAUUUACAUUUGAAUUAUAAAAAAGGUUAUAACGCCCUCAAACUUUUAUUGCAAACAUUUUAGUAGUACCCAACAACAAUUGUUUGACUUUUGAUCAAGUAUUUGGCCAGACCGGCCAUUCCUAUUAAUAAUUUUGUUACCGAUUAGCUUUAUUUAUUUAGAGACUAUUGUAAAUGUAAGGACUCUUAUGUAUUUUAAUGUAAGUAUUGUAAAAAUUAUUCGUAUUAUGUGAACAUAGUUUUUGCGUAUUUUCGUCAGUAAAUAGAAGCGUUGCAUAUGUUGUUUCAGGAAGGUUUUGUUAAGAAAGAGUAAUACUAUUGUCUGAUAGUACUGUAUUGGACUCUGCCAGAAUCUAACCAGUGAAGUUAGUAUACCUAUAGGAAGUGCUAGACUUGUGCCAUUUUCUAUUGUAAAAACUGUAUAUUACGCCUUCUGUAGACUAUGUAGAUCUGAAAAUAGAUUUAUAUUCUUCGACUGUAAAUAAACCCGAAUAAAUUUAUUGUGAAUCUUC